UUCCGGAGAGAGGCGGAAGACCUGUGGGCUGAUCGCUCGGGGAACCCGGGGCAGCUUUGGGGUCACCGGGGGCAGGGCGAGGGCGGCGGGGCCGGGCGACCGCGGUCUGAGCGAUGCGGAGGGGCCAUGGCCAGCGACGGGGCCAGGAAGCAGUUCUGGAAGCGCAGCCACGCCAAGGUCCCGGGCAGCAUCCAGCAUGUGUAUGGAGCCCAGCACCCCCCGUUUGACCCCCUGGUGCAUGGCACCCUGCUGAAAUCCAUGCCCAAGGUGCCCACCACCCCGAUGAAGGCCAAGAGGGUGAGCACCUUCCAGGAGUUUGAGAGCAACACCAGCGACGCCUGGGAUGCCGGGGAGGAUGACGAUGAGCUCCUGGCCAUGGCAGCUGAGAGCCUCAACACCGAGGUCGUCAUGGAGACAGCCCACCGCGUGCUGCGCGACCACAGCCAGCGGCAGGGCCAGCACCCACCGCCGGAGGCACCGGCCCACGAGGCGGAGCUGCCUGCCGCCCCAGGCAGUGACCUGCGGCUCGUGAAGUCUGUCAGCGAGAGCCAUGCGGCCUGCCCAGCAGAAGGUGCUGGUGGUGCGGCCUCUCUGCAGAGAUCUCAGUCCCUCCCACACUCGGCCAGCGCCACGCUGCCCGGGGCGGCUGACCCUGGCACCGCCAGCAGCUGCGCGCUGAGCGAGAGAGAGGCCUCCCGGCUCGACAGGUUCCAGCAGCUGCUUGCUGGCCCCCACACGGACCUCGAGGAAUUACGGAAGUUGAGCUGGUCUGGAAUUCCGAAGCAGGUUCGCCCCAUUACCUGGAAGCUUCUUUCUGGUUACCUUCCUGCCAACGCAGACCGAAGGCCAGCCACUCUGCAGAGGAAGCAGCAAGAGUAUUUUGCUUUCAUUGAACACUAUUACGACUCGAGGAAUGAUGAAGCUCACCAGGACACCUACAGACAGAUCCACAUCGACAUCCCUCGCAUGAGCCCCGAGGCCCUAAUACUUCAGCCCAAGGUGACCGAGAUUUUUGAAAGGAUCUUGUUUAUAUGGGCAAUCCGUCACCCUGCCAGUGGCUACGUGCAAGGCAUCAACGACCUCGUCACCCCUUUCUUCGUGGUCUUCAUCUGUGGGUACCUAGACACGGAGGACGUGGAGAGCGUGGACAUGUGCAGCGUGCCCACGGAGGUGCUGCGCAACAUUGAGGCCGACACCUACUGGUGCGUGAGCAAGCUGCUGGACGGCAUCCAGGACAACUACACUUUUGCGCAGCCUGGGAUUCAGAUGAAAGUGAAGAUGCUGGAAGAGCUGGUGAGCCGGAUUGAUGAGCAAGUGCACCAGCACCUGGACCAGCACGAGGUGAGAUACCUGCAGUUUGCCUUCCGCUGGAUGAACAACCUGCUGAUGAGGGAAGUGCCGCUGCGCUGCACCAUCCGCCUGUGGGACACCUACCAGUCUGAACCCGAGGGCUUCUCGCAUUUCCACUUGUACGUCUGUGCAGCUUUUCUCAUGCGAUGGAGGAAGGAAAUUCUAGAAGAAAGAGAUUUCCAGGAGCUGCUACUCUUCCUGCAGAACCUGCCCACGGCCCACUGGGAUGACCAGGACGUCAGCCUGCUGUUGGCCGAGGCCUACCGCCUCAAGUUCGCCUUUGCCGACGCCCCCAAUCACUACAAGAAGUGAGCCCAGCCUGCUGACAGGCGAGGCCCUGCUGGAGAGUCCUGUCCUGCCAGGAUUGGCCCGGGCCCAGGCCCAGGCCCGCUCCAGGGCGGGCAGGGAGGGAGCCACCUGCUUCUGAGAUACCAAAGAGAGCCAGGGACAGGUCCUGGCCUCAGGGCUGAGGUGUGGCAGGUGCCACCCUCGUCCGGUCCCAGCAUUGUCCUUGCCAAAUGACCGCCUUCUGGGCCCCGAGCCCAGAGGCCCCGGGCAGGGGGAAGUGGCCGCCAUGUCGUCCUUUCCUGAAAGUGCGGAAGUUUAUCUUGUUGAGUGAAAGAAAAUAAAAUGCAGAGAGUGCACUUCUGGGCCCUGGGGCCCCUGCGCCCACCGCCCAGGCUGAGGGCAUGUCCUUCUCUCUGUUGGGCACACGCUCCUGAGGCUGUGGGGAGGAGGAGGA